CGCUAUGUCCGCCAUGAGGUUCUGGAAAAAGAAAGCUGUUUGGCCGUUUAUGUACGCCCACCGAGACCAGGCGCUUAUAUACUGAAUAUCGCCGUCAAUCGCACACAGAACGAAGGUGCUGCUGACUCAGAAACCGCGGAUAAUCAAUAUGAAGAUGUGUGCGAAUACUGUCUGAUAGCGAAGAUUUCACGCACAGCCUGUCUUCUGCCCUUCCCGCAUGAGGCCUCUGGUGUAUACGGCCAGACAAAGAAAGCAAAGCUCUUUAAUGUCCGCGCUGUCCGUCGGGAGCCUACUGUUCGAGAAAUUCAGGGAAACGUGGAACUACGCUUCGCCAGCAUAGAUUCAAAACGGCCUCUGCCCCGACUGAUGGGUGAAGUCAAGUCUGCCGCUUUGUCAGAAGAGGCCAUGAAACACUGCAUCGUACAACGCCCCCUCUCGAAUAGCACAGACUUCGUCUUCUCAAUUUUCCUGCCCGACGCUGGUGAUUACAGUCUAGAAGUAUACGCGAACGACCCUCAACGCGAUGGUAGUACAUUCAAACAAGUGAGUUCUGCCUAA